AGGUUGGGAAGAUCCAGGAAUACAGUCAUCAGCGUGCAACGUGACAUUUUGACACCUGCUCUAACACACAUUCUACCCCAAUCUUUGCGGACACAAAUAAUUUUCUUUUGGAUCUUUUCCUAUAGAAAACAAAUUGAGCAGCAUUUGGCCAGAGGAAGAAAGUUAUUAGAAUAACAAUACAUCUAUCUCUUGAACAUGAACAUCCCCACACUACACCGCCCACUCUAUGACGGUUGCACCACUGGUGAAGAAAAAGCCGCUGCCAUGACGGCAGCCAUGACGGAAUUGCAAGAGGUGAAUGACGACGGCAUGGACUUUAGCAACAAGACGAGCAUGGCCAUCGCGUACGAGCGUCACGUCGAAUCGCAACGAGACGAUCGUUUGUUCCACGAUCCGUUGGCGGUUCAUCUCUACGAGCCAUAUGGCCAAAAGAUGAGCGAUGCCUUGGCAUUUGGACUGGCGUAUUCCAUCUUUGAUCCACCCGGUGCCGACAUUGGAAUUGGCAUGAUGGGGCAUACCCUCUACACGGCCGCCCGAACCAAAUUCAUCAACACUCACCUAGAAAGUUGGCUUGGUACUGCUACUACUGGUGACAAGCAAGUCGUCAAUUUGGGUGCGGGUGCCGAUACGCGAGUCUUUUGGUUGGAUUGUCUGGAAGGUGCCAGCAUUUACUGGGAAGUGGAUCAAGCGUCUGUGAUGACGUGGAAACAAACCAUUCUCAAUGGCCUCGAUGAAAAGGAGCUUGUAAAGCCCAAAUGUACGUACAAGUGCAUCUCCAUGGACUUUAACAAGGAAUCCGUGGCCGAUCUUCCCAAACACGGGUUUGACAGUAAGAUUCCAACCUGUUGGAUCCUGGAAGGACUCAUCAUGUACUUGCCCCGAACCGAGACGGAACAACUGUUUGAUUACAUUUCUCAAUUGUCCGCUCCGGGAUCCUACCUGAUUUUGAACUUUGCCAGUAGUGACAAGUUGGGGCCUACCAUUGAUGAAAUCGAUGAACGAUUGACAGCAUCAUCAUGGACCAAGGAAUCGCGGCUCAUGUUUGGCGAGGAGGGGUUCAACUUUGGACGGUAUCCCUCGGACAAACCAGCCAACAAGUUGAUGGGCUUUGGCUUGUAUCAAAAGAAGUAAGACGCAGAGCAUCAAUGGCACAGCACAAGCAAUAGUAUGCCGGGGAUAUUUGAAACUCGUCUCCGAAGCGUUGAACCGGAGCGCAAUCCUCGUGCUUCUGUUUGAUCCACCGUGGAAACUGGAUUUGGGUGGGAGAAUCCCGUUGGAGAUGCAAGCAAGCAAGGAGACACGUAGAAGUGGAAGAUGUAGAGAUGACAAGUAAAGAUGGGUGCAAAUGGAGGAGGUGGAGACUGGGAUAUCCAAACAGAAAGAUCAAAUAGUCUAAUGCAACUAGCUAGGCAGAGCAAAUUUUGGAU